UUUUUUAUAGUUUAGAGCAGCAAGUAGAUAACAAACAUGAUACGCAAAGAAAAGUUAUAAUAAUAGAUACAAGUAGUGAUAGUGAAGAUAACAUUUUAUCGAAGAAUCCAUUCGAAUGCAACUUUCCAACAGAUAACGCGGGUUUAAAUGAAGAAGAAAGUAUCUGUGAUGAAACAGCUUCUGAUAGUUUCAAUAUGAUGGAUGAGAGUCAUGGUAAUGAAAGUGAUGUGGAUAUCAUACCAGACGGUAAGAAAUCAGAAGACCUCUCUUUGGUGCACCUGAUGGCUUUAAUGAACCUUUUCAACAGGAUAGCCAAUAAUAAAAAAAAUUAUGUUAUAGGUAUAUCGUAUUACAAUAACGACUUGACGAUACCAAUUCUUAAAUCUGGAAGCUCUGGGUCAUGCGAAACAAAAUGGAUAGCAGGUAUGAUCAUUCGUCAGGACUUUCCUGCCGGAAAUAUUGCUUCUGCAACAUCCGUUUAUGUUCAACAUAAUGUUGAAUUUGUUGUCGACACAACUAAGCUUGGAGAUUGGAGGGAUGUGAAAGUCGAUCUCAUUCCUGACAUAAAGAGGAAGGCUACAAAGAAAUUUUACUAUGUCACUGAUAUUGAUGGUGAAUUGAGAUCUGCAGAUCAGUUCGAGUCGCACGAUUACAAAGUCACGAGAUUUCUUUAUUCACAUGGACAAACUGGUGAUUUUCAUAAAGUCACCAUCACUGCAACCGAUGGAAAUGGUGGAAUGAACCCAUUGGUGUACAUAAAAUACUACUUUGAUAGCCACGAACAUGCAAUAGAUAUGAAAAAAGAAGGAAAAAAUAAUCGCAAAACAUUGCACUCAACAAGAAAACAAUUGCUAGAGACACGUAGUAAUGUUAACAAGUAAAAAUAGUAAAAAAUACUUUCCAUAAAGUCAGUGAUAACAUUGGUGGGUUUGAAAAUGCACGAACUGUGGCUGAAAUACCUAAUAACUAUAGACAAUCAUAUGAUGUCAGUAAAAAAACUGAUGGUCUACACAGUAAAAAUGAACUAGUUGAGUUGCUGGAUUUAUGCCAGGGUCAACUUGGCACAAGUACAGGUUUUUGAGAGAUAUAAGAACUGCACCGGAGCAAACAUUGUUGAUGGCCACUGAUACUCAGUUAAAUGACCUUGAGCGUUUUUGCAUUAACAGUGCACCGCCAAGUAUUUUAGGUGUGGAUGCUACUUUCAAUAUUUGUGAUUAUAACGUAACAAUCACCACUUACAAGCAUCUGUUACUUGUAAAAAGUAACACUGAAGAACAUCUAGUUAUGAUUGGACCUACCAAUAUACAUUCUCACAAAACCUUUGAUUCAUAUUACACACUUCCGAGUAAUAUCGUCAGAUUUUAGCCCAAUGCUGUCAAUUUGAAAUCGUUUGGAACCGAUGAAGAAACAAACAUCCAUCGAGCAUUUACAACAACCUUCCAAAAAGCCGAUCAUCUGUUAUGCUCCAUGCAUGUAAAAGACAACAUAGUCAAAAAAGCAAAAAAAAACUUGGUAUGGAAAAAAAUUUUGUGGGAUAUAUUUGGCAAGAUCAGUGGUGAAACAAAAAUAAAGGGUUUAAUGGACUGUGAAACAGAAGAGGAGUUUGAAGAAAUGUAUGAAAUGAUAUUAGAAAAAUUAAACCAAACGGGCCAAAAUUCAUAGAAUAUUUUGAAAAUUUCAAAAAAAAUUCAAUAAAAGAAAAAAUGCUGUCGAGUGUUAGAAUCAAGUGUGGCUUUGGUAAUCCACCAGAAACAUAUACACAAAAUGCGAAUGAGUCAAUCAACUCAAUGAUAAAACGGAGCAAAGAAAGUGGAAAACUAACGUUGAAACAAACAGUGAAAUUGAUGCAAGAUGAGGUAAAGAAGC